GCCGCCAGGGAGUGGGGGAGGCCGAGGAGGCGGGGGGAGAGGGGGUGGCGUCCCCGGCCGGUUUGAGGGGUGCGUUGCCCGGAGACGGAAAGUUUCGGAGCCGGAGCAGGCUCUGCAAGGCUCCGGGUUGAGGUCCGAGGGGUGGCGGUCCUGGGGAUGGGGAAGGAGCAGGAGCUGCUGGAGGCGGCCCGCACCGGGCACCUCCCGGCCGUGGAGAAGCUGCUGUCCGGGAAGCGGCUCUCCUCCGGCUUCGGCGGCGGCGGCGGCGGCUCAGGCAGCGGCGGCGGCGGCUCCGGGGGCGGCGGCCUCGGUUCUUCCAGCCACCCGCUCUCCAGUCUGCUGAGCAUGUGGAGAGGGCCGAACGUGAACUGCGUAGAUAGCACCGGCUACACGCCGCUACACCACGCUGCUUUGAAUGGACACAGGGAUGUGGUCGAGGUCCUUCUAAGGAACGACGCACUGACCAACGUUGCUGACUCUAAAGGCUGCUACCCGCUGCACUUGGCAGCGUGGAAAGGAGACGCCCAGAUAGUACGUCUGCUCAUCCAGCAAGGGCCCUCGCACACCAGAGUCAACGAACAGAAUGCUCUUGAGAUCAAAGAACUCAAAAAGUACGGCCCCUUUGACCCUUAUAUCAAUGCCAAGAACAACGACAACGAGACAGCCCUGCACUGCGCGGCCCAGUACGGCCACACGGAGGUCGUGAAGGCUCUGCUGGAGGAGCUCACGGACCCCACCAUGCGCAACAACAAGUUUGAAACGCCCCUGGACUUGGCGGCGCUGUACGGGCGGCUGGAGGUGGUGAAGCUGCUGCUGGGUGCGCACCCCAAUCUCCUGAGCUGCAGCACUCGGAAACACACGCCCCUGCACUUGGCAGCAAGGAAUGGCCACAAGGCCGUGGUGCAGGUCCUGCUGGACGCCGGCAUGGAUAGCAACUACCAGACGGAGAUGGGCAGUGCUUUGCAUGAGGCUGCUUUGUUUGGCAAGACCGAUGUGGUGCAAAUCCUGCUGGCUGCAGGAAUCGAUGUUAACAUAAAGGAUAACCGUGGCCUGACUGCCCUUGACACUGUCCGGGACCUGCCCUCUCAGAAGAGCCAACAGAUAGCCGCCCUGAUUGAAGAUCACAUGACCGGAAAAAGAAGCGUGAAAGAAGUGGACAGGACCUCCACAGCCCAGCUACCUCUCCUCUCCAACACAGACGCCAUAGCACCAAAGUCUCAGGGGAGUGUGGAGAAGACAGUGACUGAGCUGAUCCUUCAUUUUGACACACAUGCUGACGAGGAGGGUCCCUACGAGGCGCUGUACAACGCUGUGUCCUGCCAUUCCUUGGACAGCACAGCCAGUGGACGAUCGUCAGACAGAGACUCCAUGAACAAGGAGGCCGAGGCCACCGGAACAAGGGCUACUGGAGUGAGGCCUAGGGAACGUCCGCCACCUCCAGCAAAACCGCCACCCGAUGAAGAGGAGGAAGAACGCGUAGAUAAGAAGUAUUUUCCCUUGGCAGCCUCUGAGGGCCUGGCUGUGAGACCCAGGAAUCAGAGCGGUGCUCCCCAGGAAGAGGAGGAGCACCCAUAUGAGCUACUACUCACGGCCGAAACCAGGAAGCUGGGGACCACAGACGGGAGGACUGAAGACCACAGGCAGAGCGGCAGCGGCCGGAGCCAGGACUCUGUGGAGGGGCAGGACGGGCAGGUCCCAGAGCAGUUCUCAGGUCUCCUCCACGGCUCCUCCCCAGUGUGUGAGGUGGGGCAGGACCCUUUCCAGCUGCUCACGGCCCCCAGCCAGAGCCACCCCGAGUCCUCCCAGCAGGACGCCUGCCACGAGGCCAGCAUGCAGCUAGAGGAGCCAGGCGUACAAGGCACUGAACCCCCGCAGCCCGGCGUCCCUGACCAAAGCAAGAGAGUGGGCUUGCCGGCAGGCCUGACAGCCCUGGCUAGCAGAACAUACCUCGAUGCAUUGACUCACACAGUACCUCUGCGCCCUGCUGGUGCCGAGGAAGAAGACCAGAGCGGGCCCAGAAGCAGAGCCCCUCCCACCAGCAAGCCCAAAGCUGAGCUCAAACUCAGCCGCAGUUUGUCUAAGUCUGACUCUGACCUCCUGACCUGCUCCCCCACGGAGGACGCCACAAUGGGGAGUCGCAGCGAGUCCUUGUCCAACUGCAGCAUCGGGAAGAAGAGGCUGGAGAAAUCACCUUCCUUCGCCUCAGAGUGGGAUGAGAUUGAGAAAAUCAUGAGCUCCAUUGGGGAAGGGAUUGACUUCUCUCAGGAGCAGCAGAAAAUCUCAGGUUCUCGGACGCUGGAGCAGAGCGUCGGGGAGUGGCUGGAGUCGAUCGGCCUGCAGCAGUAUGAGAGCAAGCUGCUGCUGAAUGGCUUUGACGAUGUCCGCUUCCUGGGGUCUAAUGUGAUGGAAGAGCAGGACCUGAGGGAGAUUGGCAUCAGUGACCCACAGCACCGGCGGAAGCUGCUGCAGGCUGCACGCUCCUUGCCCAAGGUGAAGGCCCUUGGCUAUGACGGGGUCAGCCCCCCCUCAGUGCCCUCAUGGCUGGACUCGCUGGGGCUGCAGGACUAUGUCCACUCUUUCCUGUCCAGUGGCUACAGCUCCAUCGACACUGUGAAGAACCUCUGGGAGCUAGAGCUUGUCAAUGUCCUGAAGGUUCACCUGCUGGGCCACCGCAAGCGCAUUAUCGCCUCUCUAGCAGACAGGCCCUAUGAGGAGCCACCCCAGAAGCCUCCAAGGUUUUCCCAGCUAAGAUGCCAAGAUUUAAUCUCCCAGACAUCGUCCCCGCUGAGCCAGAAUGAUUCCUGCACAGGGCGGUCAGCAGACCUGCUGCUGCCCUCGGCAGACACAAGCAGGAGGCGGCACGACAGCCUGCCCGACCCCGGGACCGCCUCCCGAGCAGACCGCUUCCGAGUCCAGGAGGAGCCCAGUGAGACCAAGCUGACCCUCCGUCCACCCAGCCUGGCCGCGCCCUAUGCUCCUGUUCAGAGCUGGCAGCACCAGCCAGAAAAGCUCAUCUUUGAGUCCUGUGGUUAUGAGGCCAAUUAUCUGGGUUCUAUGCUGAUCAAAGAUCUGCGAGGGACAGAGUCCACCCAAGAUGCCUGUGCCAAAAUGCGGAGGUCAACGGAGCACAUGAAGAAGAUCCCCACCAUCAUCCUGUCCAUCACGUACAAAGGUGUCAAGUUCAUUGAUGCCUCCAACAAGAACGUCAUUGCUGAGCACGAGAUCCGGAACAUUUCCUGCGCCGCACAGGACCCAGAGGACCUGUGUACCUUCGCCUACAUCACCAAGGACCUGCAGACGAGCCACCACUACUGCCAUGUUUUCAGCACAGUGGAUGUGAACCUGACCUACGAGAUCAUCCUGACCCUGGGGCAGGCAUUCGAGGUGGCCUAUCAGCUGGCCCUCCAAGCCCAGAAAUCCAGGACCAUGGCGGCCUCUGCAGCUUCGAUGAUUGAGACAAAAUCCUCCAAACCAGUGCCUAAGCCUCGGGUCGGCAUGAGGAAAUCUGCAGUGCCGGUGCCCCCCGACUCUCGCUGUUGUCACUGUCACACCUGCACCACUCACCGUCCUUCCUACCUACCGCUGCCGUCCGUUAGUCCUGGAGUCAAGCUGGAACCUCCUGAUUCUGACCAAGAGGCCCCGUCCCACGCUAGUGUUUCCUGGAUCGUGGACCCAAAGCCAGAUUCGAAGCGGAGCCUCAGCACCAAGUACGAGACCACUAUCUUCUAAUGCUGCUCUGUCUCCGCUACCCCACUGUGCCUUUGCCACCCGAUCUUCUGCUCUCAACUCUCCUUCCAGCUGCGGCCACCAAGGCCCCGCCUCCCUGGGACCUGCCCUCCUGGCAGCAGCUCCUGCUUACACCACCCAACACUGUGAAUCCUCCCCUUGGGCUGAGGACAGCUUGGGGGGUGACUUGCCUUUGAAGGGGGCCUCAUAGGCACCAGAGUGGGGUUGAGGCCCCCAAAGCCUCUGUGCCAGGCACUGUGAGGUGAGGGUAGUCUUCCAGCAGAACCACAGUAGCUCCCUCUGAGGUUGCUCUCCUCGCCUGGGUCACAGCUGGAUGCCAAGAGCUACCAGUUGUCACCUUUCCUGACCCAACCACCACUGUGACCUCCCAGUGCCAGGAUGCCAUACACACAGCUGCUCUCAGGUGCUGGUUUCCCUCCUGGUCAGGCCCGGUGAUACGGCUUCACCAGGGACAGACUAUCUGUAGGGGGAAGGUUGGGGCCAGCCAUGCCCUUCUGCAUGAGUUGGCUCUAAUACCAUGAGCUGUGACCCUCCGAACUACAGGUUCCUGAGGGACCUGUGUGUGCUUGGCCCCUUUCUGUGCUGUGGGCCUGGUUCUGGAAUCCAGCUCACUGAGGUGUGCCCUGCACACAAGUGCACCUUCUUCCUUCUCGGAGUGGAGCUGCCCUUGGACAGGGUGGAGCUGAGCAGCUUCAGUGGUGUCGGGGAGCGUUCUCAUACUUCCUCUGGUGGUGGGGUCCUGAGACAGCCAUCGUCCAGCCGUCCCCAAGCACCUGCCUGGGAGCUAGCGCCAUGGAGCUGAAUUUCGGAGGAAGCCUCACGUGCCCUGAUGUGGAAAGAUCAGUCUAGAUGGCAGGAGACAGAAGUGACCCCUGUGGCCGUGGUGCAGACAGUAGAGUGCAGUGUCUGCCCAAGCCAGUCAGCACCCGAGCCAUAUGCCAGGGUGGGCCCUUCGGCUGCCUGCCUUUCCUUGUGCCUUUCUGAGCAGAUGGGCCAGGAGCAACAGUGGGCUGUAGGCUGUGGAGGGCUCCAGGGAGGCAGGGACCUUUGUCUGCUCUGUGUCCCUUUCCAUGUCCUCCGCCUUAUGCAGACUCAUUGGUUAACUCUCUCCUCCCCCACUGUUUGCUUCUGCCAAGCUGAGCCACUGAGGAGCCACCCUGCUUUGCAGAAGUAGCCGUGGGGCGCAGGCUCCUGCCCCAGCCCCGAGAGCCUCAUCUGCAGCACUGAAGACCCAGGCCCAGUCCUGCCGUAGGACCUCCUGUCACCUGCUCGGCCUGGGCCUGCCGCCACCUGCAGGACCCUGCCCUGGAGGCAGCGAAGACACCAGGCAUCUAGCCGAGGAGACCGGAACUCUGGAUGGCCCAAGAAGUGGCCUGUCCAGGACAUGUGUUUUUGAUAAGAAACGUAAUCCUUUUUAUACAUUUUUAACACUUGGCUCCGGCCUCUCGGUAAAGCUGCCAAUCUUUAAACAAGACAGGACCUGAGACGGGCCUGAAACCCUCAGACAGCCUCUGCCUUCACAAUGGGCUCUUGGCCUGGCUAGAGCCAUGAGGACACGCCCGAGGCUUCCUUGCCUACUGAGGUGAUGACACAGACGUUCCUGGGGUUCCCAGUGGGGAUAAGCAAGUAGUUUCUGGUGCGGGGGACUCCGGAGUACUUGCCUGUCCCCGUUAGCACUGCCGCAGGCGGCUGUCCCCAUGCUGCUGCUGGGCCAAUGGAGCCACGUAGGAAGGGAGAAGUUGUUGGGGCAUUGAUGGCAAUGUCAGUUAUGACUGCAGCUUGACAGCUGGGGACUGGAUCUGCCUCUCUCUGAUGCUUGUUGACUGUUGUAUCCUGUGUGGCAAGCUGGGCACAUCUGUUCCAGAUGUGGAAAAGGCUAGUCAGAGAACAGUCUUAUUCCCCCCCUGCACCCCAUUUCCCCCCCGCACCCCGCUAUGGUCUUGAGGUCAAGCUGGUGUUGCUUUAGCUCUUCUGCUAGCUUGCUUUGCUUUUUAAAGUGAUUUGGGUGGUGAGCCACCUCCUGGGCUUAAGGAGCAGUGAGGGGCAGACUGCUGGGGUCGGGGGACCAACCAGGCCUCUCACCAGCUUUUCCAGAGUAGGGAGCAAAAAGAGAAGCCCUGGCCCAUGGGUACGUGAGCAGGCUUCAGGUUCUCCGGGCAGCACCCAUCCUGGUCCUGGGGACAGGAGGCCAGGCCUGAACAGUGGCCAUGAGCUGCAAUCCUGGGCCUGUGCAGGGAGCAAUCCUGGGCACUGCCACCUUGUGGCUGCUCAGUGUGGAAAGCAGGGUUUCCCUCUGUAGACCUGCGGGCUGUCUGCCUGCUGCAUUCAGUGCAGCAGCUGCUGGGUACAACUCCUCUCUGGGAAGGAGCCAGGGCCUCCGCUGCUAGGUGCAGGUAGUACUUCCUCUCCUGCCUCGCGCUCUCUGCCCUGAAAAGCCGCCCUCGGCUCCCAGAGAGACCCUAGGUGCCUGGCUCAGUUAUGCCGAGCCCCUUCCCUCUGCCAGAGGUGAGCUCAGUGGGCUCUGCAGUGGGCGCAAAGCCCAGGGGAACACUGUAGACACUACGAUGAGUUCAAGCUGCACUCUGUUCUAAAGUCACAGGCAGGCACUUCCUCCUCUUGACGCUGCUAGGUCUUAUUUAUUCAGGGUGUUUUCUACCAGAAAAUCUUGGCUUGUCUGCUCUGCGUCCCUUUCAAGAUUGGUUUCUGAAUAGUUAAGAAAUUCCUCUCCUCCUCUGGGUGGGUCUCUCCUUUUCAGGACAGGUGCCACAUGGAAGGUUCUGCCUUUGGCGCUUGUGUGAAACCAAGGCUGUGCCUGAACUGUGAAGGAGCCGUUCUGGUGGGAGUGGCAAGAUGUGCCCAGUCCCUCACGCAGCGGCCACAGGCUCCCUUGCUUGCCUCUUGGCUGGCCUGCCGCCCUGCAGGCCCUGUGUCCCAGCAGGGGACUUUGGACUCUGAGGUUGCCCACUGGGGGGUUCUGAGAAACCUUGGGUUUGAGCACUCAGAACCCAUGGCUGCAAUCAUCAAGACAGUUCACAGUUAGCUUGUGAGGUGCCGGGACCAGCGCUGCCUGCCGGCCAUGGGAGUUACUGCUCAUGGUGGACAGUGGGACUGGAUUGUAAGAAAAAUGUUAUUUAAUCUUUGUUUCCAUAUUUUGAUACUUGAAUUCCCCCUUUUGUUUUAUUGUACAUAAAAUUGUUAAUCUGUCCGAUUUUGUUUGAAUUAUAAACACCUUGUGGUACCAAACAUAACCAACCUGUGCAUCGGCAUAGACCACCUCACUGCACAGUGUGCACACCCUGGGCUUCCAGCUCGGUUUCUCACUUCCAUAGCUGUACAGCUUAGGACUGACUAAGCUAAUAAAGGAGAGCGCUAGAAACCGGCCAUAGCUCUGGGGUCUCU